CGCUGCCAUUCCCAGUACACGUUCCGAUACGGAGCAACAUUAUCAAUUGGUCGGCAAUAUCAAUGUUAUCAAUCAAUUGUAAAGUUUGCAGGGAAGUUAAUCAAGAUAUAUUUUGCAUCUGCUAUACGGAAACUUACGAUCUUUUGGCGGCAGGCUUGUCGGAUGGUAACUUAAAGUUCUACAAAGUUAGUUCAGAGGAAAAUAUAUUGACUCUAUGCGAUGCGGAAAUGAUGCAGAAUCCGGCUCCAGUGACUGCCAUAAAGCAUCGACCGAUCGACAGCUCACAUCCCAUCACGCAUACUGUAAUAGCAACUUAUGCCAACGGCUGUGUUAAAUGCUGGCAUUAUCCAACCGCGCAAUGCAUUUACACGAUACGAGAAAGACGGCAGACACUUGGUUUAGCCUAUCAUCCUCAUUUACCGAAAUUUGUUACUGUCGGAGAUGAUACGAAUCUGUACUUGUACGACGAAGAAACAAAGACGAGGGAAAGAAUAUUUCAUGGAAGCGAUUCACCGGAUGUCAUGGAUGGUCAUAAAUCCAGAGUCUUCAGUGCUUGCUUCAAUCCUAAAUCCGUGCAUGAGAUAAUAAGCGCUGGCUGGGAUGACACCGUUCAGUUUUGGGACACCAGACAAGCUCAUUCUCUCCGAUUUAUAUCAGGUGUACAUAUGUGCGGUGACGGUCUAGAUAUCAGUAGAAAUGGAAGAGAGAUCCUUACUUGUUCAUGGCAAAGGAACAAUCCUUUGCAAUUAUGGGACUAUGGUAGUGGCAAACUGAUUAUCAACUUGGAACCGGACAGUUAUCCUUGUUUGUUAUAUACUGGAAAAUAUGUGACAAAUUUGUACGUUGCAUGCGGAGGCUGCGACACUGAUCUCUUCAGGAUCGUCGAUUUGCGAUCUCAUUCGACUAUAGCUAUGAUCAAAUAUCUCAAGGGAGGCGUGUAUAGUUUGGAUAUCGGCCCAUUGGAAACGAGAUAUGCCAAACGAACGACUCUCCCAAAACUCGCUUUUUGUGCCGGAACAAUGAUUUUUGAGGUAGAUGCUCAAUUGACUACUUUAUGAAAUUUUUUUGAUACAAAAAUAUACAUUAUUUUUUUUACAAUUUAUACAAUAUUCAAUUCGUACGUCAAAACUUGAAAAUGAGAAGUAUAUCUCAUUAUAUAUCUUUAAUAUAGCUGAUUCACGAUUAUUACUAGUAAGAUAUUUGUAAAUAUCUA